AUGCUAACCCCGACGCAUAUCCUCCGCGCAUCAUGGUCCAACACCCUGCGACUCCCAAAAUCGAAUUUCCCGCCUAGACCGCUUCCGUCUGCGAACCGCGAGUACCUGCGCCGAUGCACCGAUGAGCUGUAUGCCUGGCAGCGGAGUCCCGACCGCAUUAAAGAGGGAUCUGCUAUAACAAGUUUCACACUACAUGAUGGACCACCGUACGCCAAUGGACCGCUGCACAUUGGGCAUGCCCUGAAUAAGAUUACAAAAGACGUGAUUUGCAGGUUUGAAGUUGGGCAAGGGAAAAAAGUGUCUUAUAUUCCUGGUUGGGACUGCCAUGGCUUGCCUAUCGAAAUCAAGGCACUGCAGGCGCAGAAGAAAGAUGCAGCGCAGACGGAUGCGGUGAGUGUGCGGGAGGCAGCACGGGAGUUGGCAACGAAGACGAUUGAAGAGCAGAAGAGUGGGUUUAAGGAGUGGGCGGUUAUGGGGGAGUGGGAGAAUGCGUAUCAGACCAUGGAGCGGGGGUUUGAGUUGAGGCAGCUCGAGGUGUUCAAGGUUAUGUUUGAGAAGGGCCUGGUUUAUAGGCAGUUUAAGCCCGUGUAUUGGAGUCCCAGCUCGCGGACGGCGCUGGCAGAGGCGGAGCUGGAGUAUGAUGAGGGGUAUAAGAGUUUGGCGGCUUUUGUGCGGUAUCCUGUGAAACUGUCGGAGACACUCAAAACUGGGGCGCUGAAGGAUGUUGAAGAUGAAGUCAGCGUGGUGAUUUGGACGACUACACCUUGGACUUUGCCAGCAAAUAAGGCUAUUGCGGUGCACCGGGAUAUGCAAUACUGCAUUGUUAAAGAUGCAGGAAACGACAACGAGCUAAUCCUCAUUGCUGCUUCAAGGAUAUCCGAGUACGAAAAGAUUCUCGAGCGCAAGCUCGAAAUCGUCGUAUCAGAGCUCCGCGGCUCAGAUCUCGCCGACCAAGUCCAGUACGAAAAUCCGUGCCAAAAGGCCUCGGGACUCCAACCCAUCAUCCACGCAGACUUUGUCACAGACACGUCAGGUACAGGCUUAGUCCAUCUCGCGCCCGGCCACGGCAUGGACGACUACAAUGUUUGCACGCCCCUCGGCAUCCCAGCAUUUGCCCCUGUAGAUGACGCGGGCGCCUUCACCAAGGAUGCGUUCCCCGAGCAGCCAGACCUACUGGAGGGUUUGCCAGUCACUGAUAUCAAGAAAUCCGGUAGCAACGCCGUGUGCAACUACCUGCAGCAACUGGGUUUGCUCCGUGCAAAGCAGAAUUAUCGGCACAAGUACCCGAUUGAUUGGAGGACCAAGGAGCCCGUCAUCACACGAGCUACGGAGCAGUGGUUUGCAAAUGUUGAAGGGAUCAAAGAUGCUUCGAUGAAGGCAAUUGCUAAUGUUACCUUUAAACCCGAGUCUGGGCGUAGUCGCUUGGAAAGUUUCAUCCAAGGUCGGAGUCAAUGGUGCAUUUCGCGGCAGCGCGCUUGGGGUGUGCCUAUACCUGCUUUGUACAGGGUAGAGGGUGAUACACUUGAAGCAACCAUGGAUUCCAAGGUCAUCGAGCAUAUCAUUCAAGUCAUCAAAGAGCGCGGCAUCAAUGCAUGGUGGACCGACGCACCAGACGAUCCAGCGUGGAAGCCCUCACACCUCAACGGCACAUUUGUACGUGGUAGAGACACAAUGGACGUAUGGUUCGACAGCGGAACAAGCUGGACUCUUUUACCCCCACAGAAAGACAAACCCGUCGCCGAUGUCUACCUCGAAGGCACCGACCAGCACCGCGGCUGGUUCCAAUCCUCGCUCCUCACCCACGUCGCCAGCCAACCCUACUCAACCGCCCCCGUAGUCAAAGCACCCUACAAAACCCUCAUCACCCACGGCUUCACCCUCGACUCCGACGGCCGCAAAAUGAGCAAGUCCCUCGGCAACGUCAUCUCCCCCUUCCAAAUCAUGUCAGGCGAACUGCUUCCCCCCGUCAAGCGCAAGAAGCAAAAGGGCGUAAAGCACGACACCACAGCAGCUGCUGCUGCUAAACACGCUCCUACGUACGACUCCAUGGGCGCCGACGCACUACGUCUCUGGGCUGCAAGCAGCGACUACACGCGCGACGUCACCAUCGGCCAGCCCUUGCUCAUGUCCGUCAACCAAGCCCUGCACAAGUACCGUGUCACGUUCAAAUGGCUACUAGGCAUCUUCUCCUUGUCCUCGUGUCCCCCACCGUUUGUAUCCUUCAACCACCUCAUCCCCUCGACGCGCGAGUUUAGCGAAUUGACAGAUCGACUCGCGGUCCAUCGGCUAGUGCAGGUAAGCAACGAAGCGCAUGCGCAUUUUGCCAACUACGAUUUCUACAAGGGAAUCAACACGUUGAAUCGCUACAUCGCCAUGGACCUGAGCGCCUUCUACUUUGAGACGCUAAAGGAUAGAGUGUACACGGGUGAUACAUCCGAUUGCCAGACGCUGCAGCGCGUUUUAGGUCUGAUUUUCUACGAGUUGCUGCAGAUGCUGGCGCCGGUUUGUCCGUUGCUUGUCGAGGAAGUGUGGGAUCAUGUCCCUGCUGCCCUCAAAGACAAGAGUGUUCAUCCUGCGCGCGCAACGUGGGCGCGGCUGACACCGCUGCCAGCGUCUGAAGCGGAGAGCUUGGAGCGCAUGAGCGGCGUGGUGGGGGCGCUGGGUGGUGUGAUUAAGAUUGCGCAAGAGAGGGUAAGGGCGGAGAAGAAGAUUGGGUCGAGUUUGGAGUGUGCGGCGACUGUUCAUCUGCCUGCGUCUAGCAUUGAGGCGUUGAGUGAGGCGUUCGCAAGUGCCAUGCAUCCACUCAACCUCAAAGCUGAAGACAUGGAGAAUCAGCUGGCAGGUUUGUUUGUCAUUAGUGAGAUGAAGCGGCAGUGGGCGUGGGUGGAAGAGGAAGCUGUGGCGGCAAGUGGAGACCAAGGCAGUGAUUUGCUUGCAAAAGCACAAGUGCUGGUGCAUCCCCCUAGUCGGGAAAAGUGUCCGAGGUGCUGGCGCUUUGUCAAGGAAGAAGCGGAGGAUGUGUGUGGCAGGUGUGCGCAUGUUGUGGAGAAGCAGGGCGGGGUUUAG